CUGAUUUGUUUCAUUUUGCUCGUCCUCGAUUCGUCUGUUCUGAAGCGUGUCUUAUUUGGUUGAUUUUUCUCGUCCUCGCCGUCGGCCGUUUAGAUAGAAAUCGCGUCUGGUUUGAUUUGCUCGUCCUCGCCGCCGUCGUCAGUUUAGAGUCGCGUGUGCUUUGAUUCUUGCUCGUCCUUGCCGUUGCCCCGCGUGUUCUUGGGGCCGUCUCGUCGGGGGUCUUCGUCCCUGUGACUCUGGGAGGAAGCGAGCGAGCGGUCGGUCGGUUUGGGUCACCUUCCGGUUUGCGAGCUAACAAGUCUGCUUGAGAAACUUGUGCGUGCGCUACUGUUAUCUGAGGAUCCUGCGUUUCGUGUUCACGGUGGAGCGAUGGUUCCUGCGUUUCUGUUUGAGAAACUUGCGCGGGCGCUUCUGUUAUCUCACGAUCCUGCGUUUCGUGUUCGCGUCGGGGCGACAGUUGCAGGAACGAUCGGUUCUGGUUCCUAAAUUGGAGCAGUGUCAGAUUGGUUCCUCUGUUCCAUCACCUGCGUUGUUUGUCGGUUAUUUUCAGAUCCCAAACGCAUGCGCCCUUGUGAUACUCUGGUUGCCCUCUGUCGAUUCUUGUUCUACCGGCAGCCGUGUGUACUCCCAUCCUAGAUGCAGAGAAUCCUGUUCUUGUCUGUUGCGGUUGUUCUGAUGCUGUUCUUUUCAAUUGUUUAUUGGUAUCAUGCUUUGCUUAUCUUCCCAUAUGGCAUGAUUGAUUGAUUGUUGUUUGUUGUUUGAUUGAUUGCCUUGAGAUGGAUUGUUGUUUGUUGUUUGAUUGAUUGCCUUGAGAUGGAUUGUUGUUUGUUGUUUGAUUGAUUGCCUUGAGAUGGAUUGUUGUUUGUUCUUUGAUUGAUUGCCUUGACAAGGUAAACACCUAGGCCAAUUGAUUGCUGUUUGUUGCCUUGAGAUGGUAUGUUUAUAUGGCACCAUUGAUUGCUGUUUGUUGCCUUGAGAUUGUACAUGUUUAUAUGGCACGAUUGAUUGCUGUUUGUGUAUGGUUAUUAAGAUUGAUUGCUGUUUGUUGAUUGGUAUCUAACUUUGGUGUAUGUAGUUCCUGAUCAUAGGUAACAGACCUGGCACUACUCUUUUUUCUGAAUUCUUUUGUGAUUAUGUCUUAUGUGGAUAUCAUAUUCUUUUUUUGGUAUUACUGUUGUCCAGCCCUUGGAAUAAUGCUUUUCUAAGUAUUUAAGGUACAGACAUGUUGAUCUGGACAUAUCACAUUUGCUCUUUAUUGUGUUGCUAAGGACACUGAUGGGUUGAGUUGGCAUAUAGUGCAGCCGUGGAUCGCUCAUCAACCUGGUAUCUACCUAACGCAGGUGAGCUCUUUCUGGAUAGGACAGAGGUACAAUAUUUACAUCCAUGGCAGAAGGUUCUUAACCCUGAACUCAUCAAAGGUCCUUGGACUCAAGAGGAAGUUGACAAAAUUAUUGAUCUUGUAAGCAAGUAUGGACCAACAAAAUGAUCUCACUGCAAGGACCUGCAGAAGGACCCUCCCACCUCAGCGCAGGUCCUGUAAGUGAGGACAUGUUCCACUGGCAGGCCACUAUCAUGGGACCCUCGGACAGCCCGUUUACUGGUGGUCUAUUUUUGGUGAACAUCCAUUUCCCACUGGAUUAUCCCUUCAAGCCCGCGAAGGUCUCUUUCCGCACCAAGGUGUUCCACCCAAACAUCAACAGCAACAGCAGCAUUUGCCUUGACAUUCUCAAGGAACAGUGGAGCCCGGCUUUGACCAUAUCAAAGGUCCUCCUGUCAAUCUGUUCGUUGCCGACGGACCCCAACCCCAAUGAUCCUCUGGUGCCUGAGAUUGCUCACAUGUACAAGACUGAUUGGGCCAAGUAUGAGCCCACGGCAUGCGAGACGUAGGGCUGUUACUUCUUCUGUGAAGGGCCUGAACUCGUAAAUCUUGCGUGUACAACUUCACCAUAGUUAGGAUCUUGCCUCCUCAUACCUACCCCCAUUCUACUGUCAGACUUAGAACAACGACAGUUGGCACCCACCGUGGGGCAGGUGUCUUAGCAACUUUCCAGUGAGGUUGUAGUUUUUCCGAUUCC